GUAUUCCUGCAGUGAUUUUGCCAAUUCUGGAAUAUGUGUCAUCUGUGCCCCUGACUGUGAACGAUCUAUCCUGCAGAUAGCUUUCAAGAAUCUUGAACAAGCAGUAAGGCAGGAGUUUGGCCAGUUUAUUCAAUAAUCCUAAGUGCCACACUUUAUCAAAUUCAGUAAUGUCUACAAAUACAGCAGAGCUGUAUUCUUUUUGUUCGAGUGAUUUUUGUACUAACUGUGUGACCCUUGCGAGUUGGUGUUCAGUGCUGUGGUUUUUACGAAAGCCAAAUUGAUGGUUUGGAAUUGCUUUGCGAAAAGUUGAAUACAAAUUAUAUUGUUCACACCAAAGAUUAAAAAGGGCAACGUUACAAGGUCAAGGACAAUAUCCAAACUAUUCACACGAAAUACGUUUUGGAUGGCAAAGCAACGAUUGCUUUCAAGAAGCCCUCACUGAAUCUGUUGACUAAAUGUGAUCCCAUUCAGCUGAAGGGAUUCCUGCAGACGCUUAAACUGGGUAUGGAAGGCAAGGAUGUCAUCAAUUUGAGACUAAAUACAGUCACUGCCAUGGCACAAAAAUCAAAGUUACAGACGAAAAUGGCUAUAAAUCGUCACAGUGACUAUCCCAUCAAGGUCUUUCCUCGAUAUCUACAAUCCCUAACAAUAGACAAUACGCAAUUGGUUAAAUUGAGCUAUCAUAUAUGCUCCUUACGGAAUCUAACCCACCUGGAUGUAUCCAACAAUAAGUUGCGUAAGUUACCUGUUGAACUGGGGAGAUUACACUUGAGCAAGCUCGUCCUCCAUGACAAUAAUCUGGGUGAAAUAGACGAUUGGUCAUUUCUAAAUGGCAGCAAAUUACGAGACUCCCUGCGCGAAUUGGAUUUAUCGGCCAACGAUUUGACAUGUUUGCCUUUGCCUGUGGUCAAGUGCCACAAAUUGGUUAACUUGAAUCUCAAUUACAAUAAUUUGACUCAUCUACCUUUGCCAUACGUCGCCUGAGAAGAUUACGCUCGCUUUACGUGUCGGAAAACAAAUUAAAAUCCCUGCCUGGCCUUUGCUUCCG